CUCCGCCGCCUCCGCCGCCCCGCAGGCCUCCGCGCUCGCAGUCCCGGUUCGGCCCCGCUCGCGGCAGGCGGCCCCGCGCUCGGCUCCCGCAGGAUGACGCUCAAGGCGAGCGAGGGCGAGGGCGGGGGCAGCAUGCGCACCGCGCUCUCCGACCUCUACCUGGAGCACUUGCUGCAGAAGCGCAGCCGGCCCGAGCAGGCUGCGUCGCACCAGGUGAAUGCCGUGACUGAGGACAUGUACACCAACGGUUCCGCUGCCCCGGGGAGCCCUACCCAGGCCAAAGGGCAGGAGGUGCGGAAGGUGCGACUCAUCCAGUUUGAGAAGGUCACCGAGGAGCCCAUGGGAAUCACCCUGAAGCUGAACGAAAAGCAGUCUUGUACGGUGGCAAGGAUUCUCCACGGCGGCAUGAUUCACCGACAAGGCUCCCUUCACGUCGGGGAUGAGAUCCUAGAAAUCAAUGGCACAAACGUGACAAAUCACUCAGUAGAUCAGCUGCAGAAGGCGAUGAAAGAAACCAAAGGAAUGAUCUCCUUAAAAGUAAUUCCCAACCAGCAGAAUCGUCUUCCUGCGCUACAGAUGUUCAUGAGAGCACAGUUUGACUAUGAUCCCAGAAAGGACCACCUGAUCCCUUGCAAGGAGGCGGGACUGAAGUUCGUUACUGGGGACAUCAUCAAGAUCAUCAACAAGGAUGACAGUAACUGGUGGCAGGGGCGGGUGGAAGGCUCUUCCAAGGAAUCCGCAGGAUUGAUCCCGUCUCCUGAGCUGCAGGAGUGGCGGGUGGCGAGUGCCGCGCAGUCCGCGCCGAGCGAGGCCCCGAGCUGCAGCCCGUUCGGGAAGAAGAAGAAGUACAAGGACAAGUACCUGGCCAAGCACAGCUCCAUCUUUGACCAGCUGGACGUGGUGUCCUACGAGGAAGUGGUCCGGCUCCCUGCGUUCAAGCGGAAGACCCUGGUGCUGAUCGGGGCCAGUGGCGUGGGCCGCAGCCACAUUAAGAACGCCCUGCUCACCCAGAACCCGGACAAGUUCGCGUACCCGGCCCCGUACACGACGCGGCCGCCCAAGAAGGGGGAGGAGGACGGCAAGGAGUACCACUUCAUCUCCACCGAGGAGAUGACGAAGAACAUCUCCGCCAACGAGUUCCUGGAGUUCGGCAGCUACCAGGGCAACAUGUUCGGCACCAAGUUCGAGACCGUGCACCAGAUUCACGAGCAGGACAAGAUCGCCAUCCUGGACAUCGAGCCCCAGACCCUGAAGAUCGUCCGCACGGCCGAGCUGUCCCCUUUCAUCGUGUUCAUCGCACCUACUGACCAGGGCACUCAGACGGAGGCCCUGCAGCAGCUGCAGAAGGACUCGGAGGCCAUCCGCAGCCAGUACGCGCACUACUUCGACCUGUCCCUGGUCAACAACGGCGUGGAGGAGACGCUGACGAAGCUGCAGGAGGCCUUCGAGCGGGCGUGCAGCUCUCCGCAGUGGGUGCCCGUGUCCUGGGUCUACUGAGCUCAGGUCGCCGGCCGGCUCCCCGCGGCGGCCCUCCCCCGCCCGCGUCCCACUCUUGCUUUAGGACAAACGGACGCUCCCACCGGUUUGCCAGCUUCCCGCGCUCUGCUUCUGUCGUCCUUACCCCGUGGGGCCGCCACUGCUCGAGCUCCGCGCCCGUGCGCCCCCCUGAUUGGGGUUUUGGAAGGGGCCGUGCGACCCCGAGGCCGAAGCCACAUCAGCUUGCACCGCUCCUCGCAGACGGGGCACAGGGAGAGGAAGGGCGCCGGCCGCGCCUCGUUAGAGCCCGCGCUCCUUCGCCCUUAACCCCACGGGGCAGCUCCUGUGUCUUUGCAGCGUCUGUAACCUCAACUUUCUAAAAUGCCAGAAUGAAGCAGCUGUGCAGUAGGAUGAUGUCCGCUGUAGGGAAACCCGCAAAAGCAAUAAAGACCUCGCUGUGUUGAACGCCA